AUGCAAAAGCGCGACAGCGGAGCCGGCGGCUUCGGCGUCAGGCAAGCCUGUGGCAGCCUCUGUCCCAACAGGGUGCAAGAUUUGGCCGGCAGGCUGGGCAAAAAGACGUGCAAAGUAGACAGAAAGAGCCCUUCCUUGCAACCUGAGGAUGACUUUGAUUUCCAGGAGUUUCGAGAUGCCGUGGACAACUUCUUAUCUGAUCCUUCCCCUCUGAUGGCUCCACUGUUGGAUUUUCCUUUCCCUGUGGAUAAUGGAAGCCCCCCCAGUCCCUGCCUCCAGAAACCUCUUCAAAUCGAUCCAAACCUAGAGAGUGUCUCAUCCACUGAGCAGUACUGGAAAGAAUUGGCAGAUCAAAAUCAAAAGGCGCUGGGGGAUGCACUUGUGGAAAAUAAUCAGCUACAGGAGACAUUGACCCAAAAGCAAGAAGAAAUUGCUUCUCUGAAGGAGAGAAAUGUCCAGCUGAAAGAAUUAGCCAGCCAAGCCAAACAACUUGCUUCUGUGCUAGAUAAAUUAAUGCUCCCUCAGAGCAAAGGCAGUGCUGACCUUUCCCUCAGCUGUGGCCCUGGCAAGAGGAGCCUUGAGCAGAUGUCAGUUCCUGAGCAUGAGGAGGACAUGGAAGUGAAUGAAAUCUUAAGGGAAAUAUCGGAGAAAUGCAACGCAGCCCUGCAAUCCAUUGAUGAUGACAGAGGUCCAAAGCGUCCUCGUGGAGAGAAUGAAGCCAUCCACAUGUAUGGAGCUUUCCAUGGGCUGCAGACAUGCAGCACUCAUAGUUCCCUGGACUUAAGCGGCAGUGAAUUUGAGGAAGGUGUGUCCUUCAAGACAUCCAUCAAAGAGCACUGUAACAUUAGGACACUCGCCUAUCCACAAGGCAAUGCUUUUACUGUUAGGACAGCCACUGGGGGCUACAAGUUUAGAUGGGUCCCCAGCUGAUUGAAGAGGGAAGCAAUCAGCUAACUACACUUGCCAAAAUCCUACUCAUGCUCACUUAUAAAGUGGUGUGGUGUGUUAUAGAGUGCUAACAGAAGUAAAGUUACUAGUAUUUAAGCUAAGGUUCUUCUUCAUGGGAAAAAACCAAAUCCUGUUAGGGUUAUCCAUGCAGGACGAUCAAAAAAAGUGGUCUUGAUGGUGUGACUGAGACUCUUGCUUUAUUUUAUGCACUAAAAGGGGGUGGCAUGACAAUUGUAUGGAGACAUAUUAUCUCCUCUCCCACUGCAAGGAUAGUUAUGCUGCUAUUCUAUCAACUACCUGGUCUUAAUACUUGAAUUACAUAAAUGAUCCAAGGUCAAAACUGAUUAGAUAUACUUCAGGAAUGGCUGCUUGAUUUUUUUAUUGCUGGCUGGCAAUGCCAAUCACAGUUGGCUUCUGUAGCAUAGUUUUGUUUGAUGAUGUUGGAUUACUCCCUCUACCUCCACAUGAUCAUCAUUGUUCUUUUCUUCAAGCACCACAGAAGAGCAACUUCUUCUAAAACUGUAUCUCAUGUCUUCUUGUUUUCUAGUUAGAGUAGCUCUUCUCUUCUCACUGCUUUCUGCUGUUUUUCUUCUUCUUUACCUUACAGAUGCCUGGAGGUUUAUUUCUCAUAUUGCUUCAGCAGAUUGUGUCCCUAAAGCAGUGGUGGGAUUCAGCCAGU